AUGGGUGUUACGGUUCAAGACAUAUGUUUUGCUUUUCUGCAAAACUAUUACGAAAGAAUGAGGACCGAUCCCUCUAAACUGGCAUAUUUUUAUGCCAAUACAGCCGAACUAACACAUACCAAUUAUCAGUCCAAGUCAACGAACGAAAAGGAUGAUGUCCUUCCAACAGUAAAAGUUACUGGACGAGAAAACAUCAACAAGUUUUUUUCUAGAAAUGAGAACAAAGUUCAAGGCUUGAAACUUAAAUUGGAUACGAUAGAUUUCCAGUAUACUGGACAUUUGCACAAAAGCAUCUUGAUCAUAGCCACCGGCGAAAUGUUCUGGACGGGAACUCCUGUCUACAAGUUUUGUCAAACAUUCAUUUUACUACCAUCUAGCAAUGGCUCUACAUUUGACAUUACUAAUGAUAUCAUCAGGUUCAUUCCUAGCCCAUUCAAGCCUUAUGUUCCAACAGAGGAUUCCUUAUCACAACCUGAAGAGGAGAAGUCAGCAAGCCCAGUUGAAAGUGGCAAAAUAAGGCAGGACUCAAGAGUUGAAAAAGAGAAGGAGAAGGAAAAAACUCCAGAAAUAACAAAACCAAAGGCAAAAAGGGAAACAGUCAAAGAAGCAAUCGAACAGUCUGAACCUUCUACUCAAGAAGGGACAACGAAUGCUGAUCGUAGCCAAUCUCUAGCUAUUCCCGCUGCUAAAGAAUCCAAGACCCGCACUGAAAUCGUGCCUUCCGAUACCAAGGCCAACCACAAACAAGCAGAACCUACGAUACAGGAACCAGAGAAUGUUGCAAAACCCAAUGAAAAACCACUAAAGACCGAAAAGAAGACUGCGCCAAUAAAGGCUAAAGAAGAUUCUGUUGAGACUAUAAGUGCUGUUGGUAAGCCUCCACUACUCAACGGUAAAAGCGUUAGUGAAGAGACAACGACACCUGAAAGCGUAAAGGAAGCUGGCACCGAAUGUAAAGCAAUUGAGCCCAAUGUCUCCGAAUCUGAAGAAUCUAAUGGUGGCGCUCCAACGGUUUCGCCCUCUUUAGAACCGGUUGCGAACCCACCAAGAAUGACCUGGGCCUCAAAACUGAUGAAUGAAAACUCCGACCGGAUCAGCAAGAGUAGUACUACGGUUGAAUACGUCAGACCUGAAACCGUUACGAAGAAACCAACCGAAAGAAAGUUUGAAAUGGGCAACCGUAAAGACAAUGUUAGUGGCAAUAGCAAAAAUAAGAAAAAACCAGUAUUCAGCACCGUUAAUAAGGAUGGCUUUUAUCCCAUCUACAUUAGGGGAACGAAUGGUUUAAGAGAAGAAAAAUUGAGAAGUGCUCUAGAGAAAGAUUUUGGUAAAGUCAUGAGGAUAACGGCAGCGGACAACUUUGCAGUUGCCGAUUUCGAAACCCAGAAGAGUCAAAUCGAUGCUUUAGAGAAAAAAAAGAAAUUGAUUGAUGGCAUAGAAGUUUGUUUGGAAAGGAAGACAGUUAAGAAACCUACUGGAAAUAAUCCUACUGGCGUGUUCACCAAUGGAACACGCUCUCAUAGGAAGCAACCACUCAAAAGAAAAGAUUGA